UAUACCAACGGUCGCCAACUCAGAGAUCGAACCUAACCUAAAACUACGUUCGGUAAAGAAUUAUCGUUCAAAAUCUACUAUUUAUAGCUUAAAAACAAACGAAAUUUAAUGUUUUAAACAACCUCAUUCCUGUUUUCAUAUCUUCCAGUGUUUUUAAAUGUUCUAAUUCUUUAAAAUAAUCUGUCAAGUGCGUUUACAUGUUGUAUUAAACUGUCAUGCUAACAGUGGUUUUUCGAUUCUGUUUUACAAAUAAAUUCCUUUAUCUCAUCAAUCUUGUACGAGAUAUUAUACAUUUCAAUACAUGAUACAUCAUAUUUGCCUAUGAAUUUUCCGGUGAAAUGAGUGAUGGCCUCAGCAGCAACCUGCUGGUACGAGUCAACCAAUCAGCAUCCUUCUUACAACGUGCGCGUCUGCUGUGACCAAGUGCUAGACAGCUCUAGCUGCUCUACAGAGCUCUACAACUGCUCUACAGACUCAGCUGCCUGCUGCGGACAGCUGUACAACUGCUCUAGAGAGCCGGCCUGGCGAAUGUACCGUCCGCGCGGUGCGCUCUCUAGAGCGCUCUACGAUAGAUACAUUCUGGAUCAGGAGCUCAAGGAUUUCAACAAGGAUUAUUGGUACAAGUGCUCGAUGGAACGUCUACUUCCCGAGGUGAGAGGCAAAUUCGUGCAGUCGAGUUUCGAUCGGGAAACGGAACAUUUUCUGCAGAGCUGUGAAAAGAAAUCAGACCAGAUAUUUCUGCAACUGUGGUACAGUUUGGCCAAAACUCUGCUUAGCCUGUUCAUGUCGCAUACCAACAUUAAUGGGUUGUUGGGCCGCGGCUCGAUGUUCGUUGUGUCGAGUGAGCAGUUUGGCAGUUUGCUGGGGAGGCGCCGGUUCGGGACGGAUGAGGGUGGCACUAGCUUGCUUGACCUUGGCGCAGGGGACGGAAAUGUAACUCGGGUGAUGGCCGAAUACUACUCACAGGUGUAUGUCACCGAGGUGGCCGCCACCAUGCGAUGGAAGCUGGCUAGGAAGGGCUUCAGUGUGCUGGAGAUAGACGGUUGGCAAGAGAGCAAAUACGACACAAUCAGCUGUUUGAACCUGCUCGAUAGGUGCGAGUAUCCUCUGUCCAUCCUGGAGCAACUGAAACAGUCAUUACGGCCCAAUGGACAAAUAGUCAUCGCCCUCGUUCUGCCUUACAAACCCUAUGUCGAGUCUGGUGGCUCCUGUGAUCAUAAACCGCGACAAUUCCUGCCUGUGAGUGGCAGUAGCUUCGAAGAACAGGUGAACAGCCUAGUGAGGGAUGUGCUCGAACCCAUGGGCUUCACUGUCGAGAGAUGGACGCGGCUGCCCUAUCUGUGUGAAGGUGAUCUCUCUCAGUCCUACUACUGGCUCAAUGAUGCUGUCUUUGUUCUGCGCGUUGCUUCCUGACAGUAUUUUCAAGUAUAAGUCCAUUGAAAUAUAAAUGAAAUUGACGAAACGUUUGUAUUGCAACAGCUAGGGAAGACGUAGUAGUUUCCUAUGCUGUUCCAAUACAGAAGUUUGGUAUCAUUCAAGUAUAAGUUUAUCAACAAUUAUACUAGAAUUAAUUACACUUGAAUGGCAACAGUUCUGAGAAAGUCUGGGGCCCUUAAUAUGCAGAUACUCGGUUUAAACGGAGAAAUGUCAGCUGUCAGUUUAAACCCCGUAUGAAACACAUUAUGAUAAAUGCAACCAUAUCUACAAGUAAACGUGGCUUAGUGCGAAACGUAGUUUUAGUUUAAUGAUAUGAUGUUCCAAUUCAAAUGCUUCAUUGAUAUUAUUAAUCCAGCUAUAGUUUCAUGAAAAAUAUAAAAUAGUUAAUAGGCGGCAGGCUCGCUCCGCUCGUCAUAUCCGUUUAGUCAGGAGACUCCGCCCCUGGACCCCCGGAUAAACCAUCCAUAAAUGAGAACAACAGACUCGCUUCGCUCGUCUGCAUUCUUCAUUUGGACUUGCUUCCUCGCGUCAAAAAGUCAAACACAGAUUAUUAUGCCAACUAUUUUCCAGUUGACUGAGACCACGCAAAAACGCUGGAAAAUGCCGAUUUCGGUCGUUACGCUGGCAAAAUUAUGAAGCUUAAACGCUGGAAAAUGCCGAUUUCGGUCGUUACGCUGGCAAAAUUAUGAAGCUUUUUUUAUUCGAAUUUUUUAGACCAUAGCUGAGCCUCUGAACCGAAUAUGAACGUUUCCUAUCAAAAGUUGAUAUUUACUAUGUAGCUAAGGGUUGACAAAAUGUCUGUCCAUUUCGAAUAUGAAUAUCAUUUCCAACUUAAAGUGAAAUGGGAAUUAUUUUAUUCCAGCCCAGUUAUUUAGAAAAAAUAAUCUAUAAAGCUUAAAAAACAUUAAUUUCACCGUUUCAGGUUUCAAUCUACUUGGAAAAUCUAGAAGAAUGCAUUGAUAAACUCUAGAAAAGGAACCCUCAAAAGUAGCACCACCAUUUCCCAAACUAAACUUGUGUAUCGAGUUUGAACUUCCAAGUUCAGUCAUCGCUGAAAACCCUUCGGCAGAAUCUUGAAGCUCUCUGUACACAAUCUCUGUAAACCCUACUUAAACCUCUGUAGACCUCUCUUCUAACACAGAUCUGAACGUUUUCUAUUCAUUUGUUUUCAAAAAAAGCUGGAAAACGCCGAAUCAGGAAGUAUUUUUGGCGUCAUUCCCUAGCAAUCUCACUGCAACAUUCC